GUUACCAUAGCAACCACUAAAGUUUGGUUGGAGUCCCCGGAACCUGCAACAGCAUUUUAAAGCUAGUACUUGAGACACUUUGAAGCUCUUUCCUUAAAGCGUCGGUGUGCUGUGAGGGAAAAGUUGAUUGACAAGAAAGAUAAGAGGAGGUCAGGAGAGAUGGAGACUGUGAACGGAAACCAAGACAGGAGUGAAGAAAAAGAGCGGACGGCUGAAGCGUUUAAGGCCUUUUUGUUAAAAAACAACCCGAAAAAUAACCAGAACCUGUGAGUAAAGCGGGAAUGAUACUUUAAACAUCUUUUGUUGACGCGUCUCAGAGCUAGUUUUCUCCGGCCACGAAGUCUACCACGGAAGCUAUUGUAUUAAUUUAAGAAAAAAAUACCAGCUCUGUUUUUCUAAAUGAACGAGACAACUCUCAAAAACACGAUGUUUUUUUCUUCUCAAGUGAAUGCAAUAUGCGUCCGUCUUAGCAAGAUUUAUUUUAAAUAAACAAACCAAUUGAAUAAAGUAAAACACAACGAGUCAAACAUUUAGGCUGGCUGUAUAAAUACUUGAUGUACAUCUAAUAUGGAGCAACUUACAUCAGUAGGGGAGAGUGGGGUAAGUUGAGUCACCCCCUGUUGCUUGGAAAUGGUCAAAGAAAUUGAUCAUGUGACCAAAUAUUUAGGAGAUGGGCAUCAAUUCAUGGAGUCUGUGAAAGUUAGAAGCACAUCGGUAUAGGGGUUAGACAUUUAUUUCCAAUAAAAUAAACAUUUUUUCACUCUUAAAAGUGAAUUUAGUCUGUCAUAAGUUUAAAUUUGUUUUAUACAUUAAUUGUGGUAUCUAUGAGCUACAACAUGAGGUCAAAAACCUGGCAUAAAAGUCCACCAUUUUAGUUUAGAGGACUAAUAAAGUCAUCAUAGUAGUUCUGGGGUAAGUAGAGCCAGUGGCUCAACUGAGAAAGUAAAGAAGUCUGAUGAGAGGAUCAGAGUUUCAGUUCAGAUUGCUGAAAUGUGUUACUUUUUCUUUUCAAAAAUAUUGCCUUGAUGUAGUGAUCCAAAAUAUGAAAAAUUGCUCAUCUUACCCCACUCUCCCCCACCAAGAAAGCCAACAGCCUAAACACAUUUAGACAAUCAUUUAAACUUCCAUCAAACAGGAAACUAAUGAUGAGUAUGUAAUGUUUCAGCUAUGACCAUCUCACUCAGCUGCUGAUAAAGGUGAUGGAUGAGCGUCCACAGAAUGUGCUGGAUGUGUUUGAGGAUCUAAGCCGUGACGUAAAACGGGGUUUAUUUGAGCAAAAGCAGAACACCCUACGAGACCUUCCACAGACUACAGCUGCUGAGCUGCUGGCUGAGCAGCAACGCCAGCUGUUUUCUUGUACAGAAGAAGCUGACCAGGAGGACGAGCUGGUAUUGGCCAUACACACAUUCAUGUUUUUGUGUUUUAAAGGGAAAAGGCAUUUUGGUUUACCUGUGUAACACUUUGAUUAAAAAAGAGAUGAUAAUUUUUAACAUCAUAUUUUCUUAAUAUUUUAACAGCAGUCAAUUGACUUUAGUUCACAAACAAUAACUUUACUGCUACUUGUUUGGACAAUCAUGAAAAAUGAUUUAGUCUUUUAUAGAGCACCUUAUAUUGUUGUAGUGUUUGAGAAGACACUAUCAAACUAACAUGACUUGUUAAUUUGCUACAUGCCCUUUUUUCUUUAAAAGAGUACUGUUGGUAUCUCUCUCAUAUAUGGGUCUUUUUAUAUUGUAACACUUUUCAUUGGUGUACUUCAGGUGGACACGCCUUUUCCUAAUGUGAGUGAGAUUGGCUUCUACCUGGAACAGGCUGGAGUGGGUCUGGGCAGAAUGGAGAUGCAAAGGGUCUUUCUUGCAAUUCAGCAACUCAUUAAGUCAGAAGCAUUGCAGCAUUGCCGAUUAUGGGGCAAAAUUCUGGGAACACAGAGCAGCUACAUUGUUGCUGAAGCAGAGUACAAGGAGGGAGAGGAGGAAGAAGAAGAGCAGAGCAUCGAGGAUACAGCUGUAGGUGAGACAGGAGAGGCUGGGGCCCAGGAGAAUGAGGUGAGGAAACAGAAAGUCCUCAGUCAGUCUUUUUUUGUAUUAUUAUUAUUUUUUAAUGGGUGGGACAGACCCUAUAAGUAAGUACGAGUAUAAAAAUGCAGGAUGCUAAGUUGCUGCUGUGAGCAACAAUGCCACUUAACAAUCAAUGUUCACAUUCUCCGAUCAUUCCAAUCAUAUCAUCCGUCAAUGAAACUGAACAAAUCCCAUAGGUUAAAUUUUACUGUAACCCUGACCAUACGAUAGGGCAAUUCACUCAUGGGCAAACAUUCCAGUGUAGUUUAAACUAAUCAAAUAACAUUUUAACAACAAAACUAUUUUAGUAUUUAAGGAAUAAUAAGAGAGAUAGUUUGGUGUGGAGUUGAGAGGUCCUGUGGACAAAGCUGCACUUCUCUUUUUACUUUUCUUGUCCCUACAUGCUGUGUAAUGUUCACUUCAUAUUAACGUCUAGUUAAUUAGUCCCUGUAAAACAAAUGAAUGACUCUACUUCCCCUGAAUUGCUUUGUCAGAAUCCAGCAGCAGUUACGGGCAUUCACCAUGACUACAUAUUGCCAUUCUCCUAACUAGUUGUCUUAUAUGUCUAAAUUGUUUCAGAUUAAACGAGAACCUUUUUCUGAGAGUGCCUGGACAAUAUGGAGAAUAAUAAGUAACUGAUUAUCUUCUUGGUUUUCCUGAUUUGUUUUCAGGAGGAUCCACUGCCUCAGUCUUCUUUUAAACCCCCACCAGUAGUACCAAAGGAGGCCAUUGGAACAGGUGCCAACAAGUGUGUGUACUAUGUCUGCAGUGAGGCUGGUCUUCCUUGGGUAAAGCUCCCUUCAGUCACUCCUGCACAAAUCACCAUUGCUCGCCAGAUUCGUAAAUUCUUCACUGGGAAGUUGGAUAACCCAAUUGACAGCUACCCACCUUUCCCUGGCAAUGAAGCUAAUUAUCUGAGAGCACAGAUAGCUCGGAUUUCUGCAGGAACGCAGGUUAGCCCUCGGGGCUUCUUCCAGGCUGGAGAAGAGGAGGGUGAUGAGGAGGAUGAGGCACCCCGAGACAGCUAUGAAGUAAAUCUUGACUUUGAGUGCAUUCCAGUUGCUGAGAUGGUUGAGUCUUUGUCCUCCUGGGUUCAUCAUGUUCAGCACAUCCUGCAGCAGGUAUAGGUCAAUGCAGGUAUAUUGACUGGUGUAUACAUGUGAUUACUUUUUAUUUUCAUGUAAGGACAUAAAUAUGAACUUUUCAAGGGGCGCUGUACUUGGGUGAACCUUGCUGUAAAACCAGAAGAAGAAACUCAUGAUGAUGAUGAAGAAGAAGAGGAAGAAGAAGAAGGAGCUUUGACAGAAGUUGGACCCCCUUUGCUCACUCCCCUCACCCAAGAUGCAGGUCAGACUUGGACAUGUUCCUGCUAAACCAGCGAAGGUUUAAAAGAUAACUACAGCAUCAAUGUUUAGCUCAUUCAGUCUACUAAAUUCGUUGUUGCUAAUUUUUCCACUUUGUCUUUAACAUUUGAUUUAGCAAACUUUGAUGAUCAAGCUUUAAAGCUGAUCACCUUUCAAUAUUGAUCCAUCUAAUCUCAGCUGGGGACAAUCUAUAUAAUUUGGUGAACUCAAGUACUUUUGAAUGCAGAUUGACAACAAAAUGAGAAUUACAGUAAUAUACAGGGCUGAUAACCAAUUUUAACCAUAAUGUGUAUUUUGUUACACUUGUAGGAUGGUUUAUAAUAAAACAACAUUGUCAGUUUCUUUUUUGUUUUGUUGAUCAGCCGUAUUGUUCCUCAAUUUUUAAAACCAUGUCUACAUUGUUAAAGGCAGCUGAGUCUCUUUAAUAUUUUUGUGUUUCAGGAUUGUUCAAUACACCACCCUGGAGCUCCAAAAUAUCAUCUGCUCUCACCAGGCAGCAUGCAGUAGCUGUUCUGCGAUCUAAUCUCUGGCCGGGGGCAUACGCAUAUGCUUGCGGCAAGUAAGUAAAAAUAUCAAAAUAUCAGAGGAUUCUUAGUCUGUCUUUGAUUUUUUUUUAAAGUAAUACUAUGCAAUCAACUAACUGCUGUAUUUAUUUUAGGAAAUUUGGGAAUUUUUAUGUUGGAUGGGGUCUAAAGUAUACAGGAAAAGGGUUUAGCCCAUCUGUCCCGCCACUGCCACAAAAGGAAUACCCAAGUGGACCAGAAAUCACUGAAGCCCUUGACCCAACGCUGGAAGAAGAACAAGCUGAAAAAGAGGCUUUGGAAGAACAGCAGGCAGAACAAGAAAGUUUAGAGGAAUCAGAUGAAGAAGAGGAAGAGGAUGACUGAAAAAACAAAAACCUUUUUUCAAGUUUUUCUACAAUGGCUUGUGGUCAAUGGCCAAAUAAAUUAAUUUUCACAGCAACAGAUUUUGAUAUUGUAAUCUCAAGCAGGUGUUUAGUAUCUAUGGGGAGCAGUGUUUCAGUAAGUCUACUUUUUGUUGUAGUUUUGGAGGUACCCUGUGGGGUCUAUUUUGUCAAAUAUUCAGAGAAUUUCCUUGGUUUUUCUGGUGAAUUAAUGGCUAAUGUCUAUUCCUGUCAAACCCAAGGUGAAAUGCCUGGGUUUGAAGGAAACACAAACCAUAAAUGAAUGGGGGAACAAUGAUAGAAUACUGAAUAAUAAAAAGUUCCUAAAUCAUUUGGAGGGAGCUUUAUUUCUUUUUUUUAAGGAAAUUAUUAUUCAAAGCUGAAGAAAUAUAAAAACUUGUUUAUUUAAUCCAGUACAUUUUUAUUAAAAAAGUUGAAUUGUUACUUACGGUGGCCGAGAGCCGCCACUGCCGGAAAUACAAAAGAAAUGCAAAAAGGCACAGAAGACGACGGGGAGAUAACUAGCAAAGACGUUAGUGGAAAGGUUAUUGUUAAAUUUCACUUGGUUAGGCUAUGCAGCGCCUGAAUCAAUAUGAGGUUAAACUGGAGGAUGACGGUGUAGUAUUAGCUUCAGUUCAACUUCAUAUUGAUACAGGCGCUACAUGGCCUAACGACAUUGAAAUGACCACGAAGCGAAAUUAAACAAUAACCUUUCCACUAACUUCUUUGCUCGUCUUCUUGCCGUCGUAUUGUGUGCAUACAUCGCAAAACACUGGUGCAUCAUCAUUAUUGGUCCCUGGCAGCUCACUUCUGUUGUUUUUUUUUGUUGUUGUUGUUUUUGUUUUUUUUUUUGCAUCCUUUUAUUUUCGCAUUAGGUAACUUUUUUUUCUGUUUAGCCAUUUUUUUUGUGUUGUAACUUCCAUUGUGCUUUUUUCUGCACGGUUUCUUUUUUUAUUUGCAGUGGGCCUCAGUUUCAUUUUUUUUUCGCAUAACAUCUGUAACAUCUGUUGUGACUUCUUUUUUUUUUGCAUUCUUUUUUAUUUGCAGCAGUGGCGGUCCUCGGCCACCGUAGAUAAAAACUGGUUUAUUAUUCAUUCCAAUACAUUUUAAUAGAAAAUGUUGAAUUGUUACUGUUGUGUUCAGAGAAAUUGUAAUUAAAUACUUGUUAUGAAUAAAGAUUACACAAAAAAUA